AUGUCUCACCACAAUCUGGAGAUGAGCUUGGUGUUGAAUAUGAUGCUGCUUGGUUCGUUGUCUCUCCGUAAGGCAGGAUGGUGCUGUGCCACGAGGAAGUUCCCAAGCGCAAGGAGCGAAAACUUGAUGUUGGAUUUUUUCUUACCAUUCAGCGGAAGCACCACUGGGCGCCAAGUAAGAUUCCCUGGAGGUAGUGCCACGGGAUCCAGGGGCACUGGCCUGGAGGCCUUCCCCACGGCACGAAACAGCAACGAAUGCCUGAUGGUUCGGAUGACGGGAGUUGCCGUAACGGAAGUUUUAGGUAGUUUGCGUGUCGGACACGUCUCUGGCGUGGUACUGGACAGCGGUUUCGCCGUUGCUUGA